CUAAGGUUGAUGAUGUCACACGUCAACGACGUCCUACGUCAACGACGUCAGGCUUUUGGUCUCUCAGUCAUAGGGACAACCUUGAUGUGAUCGUGAACUAUGGACAAAAUGACUUGGUGGUCACUCCAGAGAUGGUGGAGGAAACCUUUCCACGCUUCCCAGGAGAUGCUUCAGUGAAUCUUUUUAAGAGCAAGAGCCACUAUGACUUCGCAUUCACAGCUUGUCAGAACGAGCCAGCUGCUCAUGUUUUUUAUCGCCAUUUAAUUUCUGAUCAUGGAGAUGACGGCGGAGAUGAUGAACAGAUGCAAGACAUGGCAAACGAUAAGCAUGAUUAUAGACAUGUCGUAUCCCUGUCCCUUGAGGAUGUGGUGCUUUUGCACCAAUCGGUGGCUCCCUGGUGGCGCCCAGGCAAAUCCAAAUUUCAUGAAGCAACCCCCAGGGCUCUCUCUUUUGGAGAUAACUACCUCCUCACUCCAGGACACACAGGUUCCAAGGUCUAUCCAGUUGAUGGCGUGUUAGUGCAGGUUGAAACACUCCGGCAGCCAGAAACAUCUCCUGGUCCUCCUCGUUCCAUUACCGUCGUAAAGCCUAAUGUUACAAAAGGGGGGUAUGUGUAUUACCCAGGUGCGUAUGUGGAUUCAAGAGCCUACUUGCCUUUGGCUUUUCAAAUUGCAGCUCGCGGGUACAUGGUGGUAAUUCCGGAGUUCCCAAGACGCCUAGCGGUGACGCCAGACAGCGUACUCGUAGCAGAGCGGAUCAUACAGUCUAAUUAUACGAUAAUCCGAAGUGUUGCACAGGACAAAUGGGCUGUAGGCGGGCACUCAUUAGGUGCUUUGGCUGCAUGCAGCUAUGCCGGACUCUCUCCACGCCACCCUAUCCAAGCUCUUGUGAUGCAUGCUGGAAGGUGUCGUGACCUUCCGAUGACGAAUCUGACACAAUCACCUUUGCCACUCGCAGACAUCUAUGGAAGUCUUGAUUGGUUAUUUGCACCCAAAGAUCCUGACGAUUUCUAUGCCAAGAGCACUCUUCAUCCAUUGGUCAUGAACGUCACUGCGAUUAAGUUCUUCAGAGUGGAUGGAGCGAAUCAUUACCAGGUCGGAGACUAUGGCUAUCAGUUCAGCGACAACAUUGCGACCAUUGGGCAAGAUGACCAGGAGCGAAUCUUCGCUCAGAUUACUGCAGAAUUCCUGGACAAGGCUAUGGAUACCCCCUCGACAUCCCAGGUUCCUACGCCGUCCACUGUCGAGUCCACCCAUACGUCUCGUGCUGACGCAGACAUUAAGGAACUCAUGCGGUUCACGGCUGACUUAGAGUCCGUCAUUCGCGACCUGAUUCGGGAGUACCGCGACGUCCUCCCCCCGUAUUUCUCAUACGGCGAGAUUCCCCCGAUGCGCGGUGUCGAGCAUUCCAUCCAGCUCGUGCCUGACUAUCGUGUUCACCAUCAGGCACCAUACCGACUCUCGAUUCCAGAGGCGACGGAAGUCAAGCGUCAGCUUGAGGAGCUCCUUCGACUUGGUUUCAUUAAACCUAGUAACUUCCCUUGGGGUGCACCUGUCCUCUUUGCUCGCAAAGCGGACGGAACUCUCCGCCUCUGCAUCGAUUAUCGCAGCUUUAACCGUUACACGGUUAAGAACAGCUAUCCCAUGCCCCGCGCAGAUGAGCUGUUUGACCGUCUAGCAGGCAAACGCUUCUUCACGAAGAUCGAUCUUCGUAGCGGUUACCAACAAUUCCGCGUUGCCGCAGAGGACCAGCCGAAGACCGCCUUUCAGUCGCGCUUCGGCCACUACGAGUUCACGGUGAUGCCUUUCGGCCUCACCAAUGCACCCGCCACCUUCCAGAUGGCGAUGAACGACAUCUUCAGGGACAUCCUUGAAGAAUACGUUCUCGUAUACCUGGACGAUAUCCUGGUCUACAGUCGUACCUUAGAAGACCAUAUCAGACACCUCCGCGAUGUCCUACAGCGCUUACGCAAGCAUGACUUCUAUGCCAAACUCAAUAAGUGCCGCUUUGCCCAGCGCAAAGUGGACUUCCUAGGACAUCUUGUGUCUGACCAGGGUCUCCACAUGGACGACUCGAAGAUCACUGCUAUUGCAGAGUGGCCCGUCCCCACAUCUGCCAAGCAGCUUCGCAACUUUCUAGGCCUCACCAGCUACUAUAGUAAUUUUAUCCAGGGAUACGCUAGGUAUUCCUACGUCCUUACCUCCACCCUCCUCCGGAAGAACCCGCUGUGGUUUUGGACACCCCUUUGCGAGGACGCCUUCCGCGCCCUCAAGAAGGCGGUGACUUGCGCGCCGGUUUUUCGCCUUCCCGAUUUUGAUCGUCCCUUUAUUGUCACCACCGAUGCGUCAGAUUUUGCAGUAGGAGCUGUCCUUUCUCAGGUGUUUCCCUCUCCUCCAGAUUCACCUUACCCCCAUGUUCCUCCUUUUUCCCCCCCUCCUGCUGACACUGCUUCUCGACUGACGCCUAUCCUACCACCACUUCCCUCCACUGUCAGUCCUCUCAUUACUUACUCCCCGACCAUCGCGGAGGAUGGGACUGUCGAGGCUCGUGCUGGGGAUUGCCCGAUCGCUUUCUACUCCCGUCAGCUACUACCUGACGAGAUAAACUACACUGCCGAUGAACGUGAGGUUUUUGCAGUAGUUUAUGCUACCCGGCAUUGGCGUCAUUAUCUGCACGGGGCGCCCUUCACGGUGCGCACGGACAACUUAGUUGUCCAAGCUUUCCUCACGAAGCCUAAGCUCUCCCCUCGACAGGCACGCUGGUGGCGUGACUUAUCCGAGUUCAGUUUCACCACUCAGCCCAUCAAGGGUUGGGGGGAGGAGGAGACCACGGUGCUUUGCCAAGCACGCAACGAGGCAAAGGCACUUCUCGGUGAGGAGACAGAGGGCAUGGGAGGGGCUCACGCAAAGGCAGGGUUUUGGAAGAAUGUCGAAGAUCGCAUGUGGGAGAGAGGAUACAAUCGUGAUCAUGAGCAGUCCAAGGGGAAGUUUAGUCAAGUGAUGGACUUCAAUCGACGGCUUAAGAUCCAUGAAGGGUGGUCGGGCUUACGGAGUUACUGGGAUAUGAACCAGAUGAAGAGAAAGAGGUACAAUGUAGAUUUUGUAAUAAGGUGCGGUUGGUACGACACCAUAAACGCAGUGGAGAAGGACGUCGACUCCAUUAACUUAUCUAACUUGCGGGGCUUCGGUGUCAAAGAGGAAAGACGGGAAGAGGCCAACAACGGGGCUCAUGGGGGCGGGGAUACGGAGGGUGUGAGUGAGGACAUGGGUGGAGGAUCCGAAAGGGGAACCCCGACCUCUAGGCCGACAACCUUUGAAGCAACCCUUGGGAAACGCAAAAGGACGGCAUCGAAUGCCUGCGAAACAAGUAUGAAGACUGUGACUGGGGCAAUGCGUGAUCACACCGCUGCAGUUACACGGUCAGACCGAGAGUGCGUGAAGAUGAGGUGUGGCACAACACGUGACAUUGCAGUCAAACAGUUGGAAGUCCACAGAGAAACUGUGGAAAAGGAUAUUGCUGCACGUGAGCGGGUCGCUACCAUUGGCUUCAACAAGAUGGAGAAGGGCUAUGACAACCUUGAUGUGAUUGUGAACUACGGACAAAAUGACUUGGUGGUCACUCCAGAGAUGGUGGAGGCAAGCUUUCCACGCUUCCCAGGAGAUGCUUCAGUGAAUCUUUUUAAGAGCAAGAGCCACUAUGACUUCGCAUUCACAGCUUGUCAGAAUGAGCCAGCUGCUCAUGUUUUUUAUCGCCAUUUAAUUUCUGAUCAUGGAGAUGACGGCGGAGAUGAUGAACAGAUGCAAGACAUGGCAAAUGAUAAGCAUGAUUAUAGACAUGUUAUAUCCCUGUCCCUUGAGGAUGUGGUGCUUUUGCACCAAUUGGUGGCUCCCUGGUGGCACCCAGGCAAAUCCAAAUUUCAUGAAGCAACCCCCAGGGCUCUCUCUUUUGGAGAUAACUACCUCCUCACUCCAGGACACACAGGUUCCAAGGUCUAUCCAGUUGAUGGCGUGUUAGUGCAAGUUGAAACACUCCGGCAGCCAGAAACAUCUCCUGCUCCUCCUCGUUCCAUUACCGUUGUAAAGCCUAAUGUUACAAAAGGGGGGUAUGUGUAUUACCCAGGUGCGUAUGUGGAUUCAAGAGCCUACUUGCCUUUGGCUUUUCAAAUUGCAGCUCGCGGGUACAUGGUGGUAAUUCCGGAGUUCCCAAGACGCCUAGCGGUGACGCCAGACAGCGUACUCGUAGCAGAGCGGAUCAUACAGUCUAAUUAUACGAUAAUCCGAAGUGUUGCACAGGACAAAUGGGCCGUAGGCGGGCACUCAUUAGGUGCUGUGGCUGCGUGCAGCUAUGCCGGACUCUCUCCACGCCACCCUAUCCAAGCUCUUGUGAUGCAUGCUGGAGGGUGUCGUGACCUUCUGAUGACGAAUCUGACACAAUCACCUUUGCCACUCGCAGACAUCUAUGGAAGUCUUGAUUGGUUAUUUGCACCCAAAGAUCCUGACGAUUGCUAUGCCAAUAGCACUCUUCAUCCAUUGGUCAUAAACGUCACUGCGACUAAGUUCUUCAGAGUGGAUGGAGCGAAUCAUUACCAGGUCGGGGACUAUGGCUAUCAGUUCAGGGACCACAUUGCGACCAUUGGGCAAGACGACCAGCAGCGAAUGUUCGCUCAGCUUACUGCAGAAUUCCUGGACAAGGCUAUGGGUUAUAAGUUAUAACAGCUACUCAUUCUACGUUGAAUGGUGCAACCGUACAACACAAAAUAUUCUAGUGCUACCGUCGUGUUCUCAGACUGUUCUCAGCCGAAGCCGGGAAUGGCCGCGGUAUGGGGGUAACUCAAUUAAAUCGGGUUCUAACUUCUGAGGGGAUAACUCACACUAAGGACUUCCCCAACUGAUUCCAAUGGUGUUAAAGGAACGAUGUAAAAAAAAAAUAUAAAAAAAAAUUUAUAGUGCUACCGUCUCCUCCCCCCCCCACCCCGCCCACACCAACACGAUGCACCCUGAUAAUGAAUGCAUACAAGAGUU